UCACUCCUUCCGGAAGAACCACCAAAAAAAAAAUUUUAAAAACCCAAGCAGAUGCCACGUUGGCCUCAGUGGCAGCUGCAAAAACUUCCUUCACAUUCACAUCAAACACAUCCUUCCAACAUCCAUUACCAUUAUCCUCCUGGAAGAGAAUACCAACAUCCUUCACAAUAUCCCGAAUAUCCACCACCACAUUCCCAAUGCAAUUUCCAACAUCCAUGUCCAUGUCCGCAUUAUGAACCACAGGUAAACGGAAAUCGGUAUCCGCAUUCUCAGGAAAUAUCUUAUGGGACGGCCCCCGGACCUGCAAACUUGCCACCCUUCGCGCCGGCAACGCGACCACCCGUCGCUCCGGCUAGGCGACCAUCCAUCGCGCCGGCUAUGACAUCACCCAUUGCACCGGCCAAUGCGCCGCCCGUCGCACCGGUCUACGCACCGGCCAAACCGCCGCCUGUCACACCGGUCUACACGCCGGCCAAUGCGCCUGCUAACGCACCGGUCUACGCUCUGACAAACCAACCGCCCAUUGCGUCGGCCAACGCACCACCCGUUGCACCGAUCAAAGUGCCGGAUGACGCACCGUCUAUCGCGCCGUCCGUUGCAAUGGUCCACGCGCCGGAUAAUACGCCAUCCAUUGCGUCGGCCAACACGCCACCGAUCUCGCCGCCUCAUGUGCAACAAUAAAAAUUAAAAAUCCU